AUGGCUUCCAUGGCACAACCCUCACCUCUGAAGCGGCGUGAGGCUUCUGCAUCAAGAGAAGAUGAUAAACUUAUCAUAACUCCUUUAGGAGCUGGUAAUGAAGUCGGCCGCUCUUGUGUGUAUAUGUCCUACAAAGGGAAAACUGUGUUGUUUGAUUGUGGAAUUCACCCCGCAUAUUCGGGCAUGGCUGCUUUGCCGUACUUUGAUGAGAUUGAUCCUUCCAUAAUUGAUGUCCUCCUCAUUACUCAUUUUCACUUGGAUCAUGCUGCUUCCCUACCUUACUUUCUUGAGAAGACCACAUUCAAAGGCCGAGUCUUUAUGACUUAUGCAACAAAGGCCAUCUACAAGUUGCUUUUGACGGAUUAUGUGAAAGUGAGCAAAGUUUCAGUUGAAGAUAUGUUGUUUGAUGAGCAGGACAUAAAUGCCUCAAUGGAUAAAAUUGAGGUUAUUGAUUUCCAUCAAACAGUAGAGGUUGAGGGCAUUCGAUUUUGGUGCUAUACUGCUGGUCAUGUCCUUGGUGCUGCUAUGUUUAUGGUUGAUAUUGCUGGCGUUAGAGUCCUCUACACUGGUGAUUAUUCACGUGAAGAAGACCGGCAUCUCCGUGCUGCUGAGACCCCACAGUUCUCCCCUGAUAUAUGCAUUAUUGAAUCCACGUAUGGUGUACAGCACCAUCAGCCUCGGCACAUCAGAGAGAAGCGAUUCACUGAUGUUAUCCAUUCAACCGUCUCUCAAGGGGGUCGUGUCUUAAUUCCUGCUUUUGCACUUGGCCGUGCCCAAGAACUUCUCCUGAUCCUUGAUGAGUAUUGGGCCAACCAUCCUGAGCUCCAAAAUAUUCCUAUUUAUUAUGCUUCCCCACUUGCAAAAAGAUGUUUAUCUGUAUAUGAGACAUACACCCUUUCCAUGAACGAUAGGAUCCGCAAUGCGAAGUCAAAUCCCUUCAUAUUCAAGUACGUAUCACCACUAAAGAGCAUUGAAAAUUUCAAAGAUGUAGGCCCGUCAGUGGUGAUGGCAAGCCCUGGUGGUCUUCAGAGUGGGCUGUCAAGGCAGCUAUUUGAUAUGUGGUGCUCUGAUAAGAAAAAUGCAUGUGUUAUUCCAGGGUAUGUGGUUGAAGGGACAUUGGCUAAAACAAUCAUCAAUGAACCGAAGGAGGUAACUCUUAUGAAUGGACUCAGUGCUCCUCUCAACAUGCAGGUCCAUUACAUUUCAUUCUCUGCUCAUGCAGACUCUGUUCAGACAACUGCAUUUUUGGAAGAGCUGAGGCCUCCUAAUAUAAUCCUUGUUCAUGGAGAAGCUAAUGAGAUGGGGAGGCUCAAACAGAAGCUGAUGACCCAGUUUGCUGAUCGUAACACCAAAAUCCUCACCCCAAAGAAUUGUCAGUCUGUUGAAAUGUAUUUUAACUCACAGAAAAUGGCAAAAGCUAUUGGAAGGCUUGCUGAGAAGACCCCUGAAGUUGGUGAAAGUGUCAGCGGUUUACUGGUAAAAAAAGGCUUCAGUUAUCAAAUAAUGGCUUCUGAUGAUCUUCAUGUCUUCUCACAGCUGUGCACAGCAAAUGUCACUCAACGAAUUACCAUCCCAUUUGCUAGUGGCUUCACUGUGAUUAAACACCGGCUAAGGCAAAUAUAUGAGAGUGUAGAGUCUUCAGUGGAUGAGGAAUCUGGGGUGCCAACAUUGCGAGUGCAUGAUCGGGUGACGGUGAAGCAGGAUACAGAUAAACACAUUUCAGUACAUUGGUCAUCAGAUCCUAUAAGUGACAUGGUUUCAGACUCCAUUGUGGCUCUUAUUUUGAAUAUCAACCGAGAAGUACCCAAGGUAGUUGUUGAAUCUGAGGAUGUAAAAACUGAGGAAGAGAAUGGGAAGAAGGUGGAAAAGGUCAUUCAUGCCCUUCUUGUAUCACUCUUUGGGGAUGUGAAGCCUGGAGAAAAUGGGAAACUAGUGAUUAGUGUUGAUGGGAAUGUGGCACAGCUUGAUAAACAGAGUGGGGAUGUUGAGAGUGAAAAUGAAGGUCUGAAGGAAAGAGUAAAGGCGGCAUUUCGUCGAAUCCAAAGUGCGGUGAAGCCAAUCCCUCUUUCUGCAACUUAG